AUGACUGUCAACCGCCACAAGUACUUCCGCUGGACGAAGCGCACAGCUUGGCUCACAUUCGCCUACGUCGUCAUGGUGCCCGCUAUGCUGGGUACGGCAGGAUACAUGACCGAGGGCAAGUGGGACAUGCGCGGCAAGCGGAGGGGCGACAUGAUCUCCGAGUUCUAG